AUGGCAAUUGGAAUGUUGCUUGAGUUUGGUCCUGCGAAGGACCUAUUCGAUUGGGAUUUUGAAGAUAUAACUGAAUUGCUACUGAAAUUGGAGGCUAUCUCUCCAUGAUCAGGUUGCUGACUUACUGUGGUGGAAGUUUCAGCAAGGCAGUUAAUUUCCUUGGGAGGCAUUCAAAAGGACUGACUGUUGAGAAUAUUUUGGAAGACAAUUGUAGCUCCAAGAGCUAUCUGGUUCACUAGGCUUGUUUAACCCAUGACCAGUGGCGGACCCAUGAUUUUUAAUAAGGGGGUUCAAAAUCUGGAAAAGUAGACACACGAACUAGCCGAAGGGGGUUCGACAUCUACUGUUUAUACAUAAAAAAAUAUUUUAACCAUGUAUAAAUAGUAUAAUUUUUCGCCGAAGGGGGUUUGGAUGAACCCCCUCAUUACAUGCUGGGUCCGCCCCUGCCCAUGACAACUUGCAAAAAGAGGAAUCGUUUUAUACAGCAGAUGCUUUUUGUUAAAGUAUCGAUGAAUUAAUAAAUCAUCCACUGCUUCACUAGACUGAUCUGGACAAUGUUUCUUGCUAUUUUUGGUGUCCAGUGGGUCAUGCCCGGAUGCAUUGAACUUGCACUGACCAGCCGGUACGAGCAGUCCUCAUCAAGGGCCAACAAGCACUACACAACUUCUAUUCCUUCCUGCCUUUUCUGGUCUAUUUGUAUGGAGAGGAAUGAUAGACGUCUCAAUGACAUGACAAACAACAUAAAGCAGGUCAAUAGAUGUUUUAAAAAUCAUGUACCUAUGGUGCAGGAAGAAGCUUGUUCAGGCAAUGUUUCUGAAAGGACAAUGAAUUUUCAUGCUUCAGAGCUUUUUUCCAUUUUUUUCUAUAUUCGGACACAAUAUGUCACUUGCUUCAGGUACCUUUCAGGAGUUAAUCAGAGUUGUAUGAUAGGUAUGGACAUCGAAGAUGUUGUCCGAGUUCUGGAUGAGCAUAGGGAUGAUCUGAAUAUCUAAAUGCCCUUUAUCUUUUAAAUAUUGGUGUGCUUCCAUUAUCUUUCAAGUAUUGGCGUGCUUGGGUCUUCUAGAAUGAUGUGCCUCUGGUUGUGUCUGUAAACACUACUUUUCCAGUUUUUAGUGUUCUUAUAACUGCCGAUAGUUUAAUACAACAGUUUCUUUAAACAAGAGAAAGAUGCUCAUCUUGUUGUAUGGAGUUGAUAUUGUAUUUCUUAAAAGCAUCCUGUGGUACUUUACAUUGAUUGAAAGUUUAAAUUCUGUUCCAACAAUGUGGGCAAUGAUUAUCUGGUUGAGGUUCCUAGCUCAUACUUGUAUAGGCUUUUAUACCUUGCAAGUUGUCAACUUGUGUGCAGUCGACAAGGCUCUUGGUCCCGAUGGUUUCACAAUGGGAUUUUUUAAAGAAUACUGGGAAGUUCUCAAGGAAGAUGUAAUGGCUACUAUUCAAAACUUCCAUCAGAGUGAGAUGCAUGAAAAAUCCUUCAAUGCUACUUUCAUUGCCCUGAUUCCCAAGAAGAAUGGUGCUGAAGAGUUGAAAGAUUUUACACCCAUUAGUCUCAUUGGACGGGUGUAUAAGAUUAUAUCCAAGCUCUUAACAAAAAUAAGAAGUGAAUAUUUCUUUUGCUUGGUUUAUUCGCCUAUACUACCACUAUGAUACAAGUUCUUUUAAUCACCGCAAAAUAAAAUGGUGUUCAAUGCAGCUGCAGUAGAAGCUGAAAAAUUGUCAAUUAAAAAUGUUGCGUGGGCUUUUGGGACAGGCUUGUUGAGGAGGUACAGCACUUUUGAUGUUUUGAUUGUAUUUCCAAUCUUCUAUAUCUUGGAAAAUAACGACUUCCUGUAACUUAGAAAUUGCUGUGGAAACGAUCUUUUUGAUAGUUUCUGAAGUCUUGGUAACGUCAACCGUAAUUGGAACACCAAAGCUGACAACUUUAACCACAUCCUUCAGUCCCUGAACAUAUAGCUUGAAUGUUUGUGAUUUUACUGAAGCUGAAAUAGAUCUUGUUAAGCAUUGAUAUGUUAUUCUACCGAUGAACAGUAA